UUCCGACUUUUCUUUCUCUCCUCCUCCACGACAAUCCCAACCUCUCUAGCGAAGUCGACGCGGCGAAGAAAUCAGGCGACAAGAUUGCGAACGCUAGAUAUCUCGACCCGAUCCGGGUCGGGUCGGCCAUGACGGUAGAUCGGAAGGACGCUGAGGCGGCGGCGGCGGCGGCCGCACCCUUCGAGAUCCCGGCGCUCCAGCCUGGAAGAACUUGUGGAGCAGAGGAAAGUACCCGGAGUCAUGUUCUCGUCAAACCAAUAGGUAUGCUGCUUUGAUCACUCCUGUAAACAAAAGCAUGAACUAUGACUGAGAUGGGUACCUCGCGUUUGACUCUGGAGAAGUCAGCAGAAAUAACUGUUUGUGUUUCAGCAGGAAGCAGUAAUCUUCCCUGUAAUGAAUAUGCACUCUUGGCGCGGCAAAACCCCAAGGGAGAUGCGCAGCCAGUGGCAUCUAUUCUGCGGAAAAAGCGACCUCGGAGAUCACGUGAUGGGCCUAAUUCAGUCUCUGAAACGAUCAGGCGAUGGAAAGAAGUGAACCAACAACUGGAGCAUGAUCCACAGGGUGCAAAGAGGGCGAGGAAGCCACCUGCAAAGGGUUCAAAGAAGGGCUGUAUGCAGGGGAAAGGAGGACCUGAGAAUACACAAUGUGGAUUCCGUGGUGUAAGGCAACGUACUUGGGGGAAGUGGGUUGCUGAAAUUCGGGAGCCAAAUCGGGUGAGCAGGCUCUGGUUGGGAACGUUCCCCACUGCUGAGGAUGCUGCCCGUGCUUAUGACGAGGCAGCCAGAGCAAUGUAUGGCGCACUGGCUCGUACCAACUUCCCUGUGCAUCCUGCACAAGCUCCUGCUGUGGCUGUAGCAGCGGCAAUUGAAGGUGUUGUACGUGGUGCUUCAGCAUCAUGUGAGUCUACUACAACAUCCACCAACCACUCAGAUGUUGCUUCUUCCUUGCCGCGACAAGCUCAAGCUCUUGAGAUUUACUCCCAGCCAGAUGUGCUUGAGUCCACCGAAUCAGUUGUGCUUACUCCUGUUGAGCAUUACAGCCAUCAAGACAGUGUUCCUGACGCUGGCUCAAGCAUUGCAAGGAGCACAUCCGAAGAGGAUGUGUUUGAGCCAUUGGAGCCUAUUUCCAGUUUGCCGGAUGGGGAAUCUGACGGUUUUGAUAUAGAAGAAUUAUUAAGAUUGAUGGAAGCCGACCCAAUUGAAGUUGAGCCGGUCAACGGGGGCUCCUGGAAUGGGGUGGAGAUUGGCCAGCAGGAACCUCUCUACCUGGAUGGCUUGGACCAAGGCAUGCUGGAGGGCAUGCUGCAGUCUGAUUAUCCUUACCCAAUGUGGAUAUCAGAGGAUCGGGCCAUGCACAACCCUGCCUUCCAUGAUGCUGAGAUGAGCGAGUUCUUCGAAGGGUUGUGAUGAAUUACCGGCGGCCAAACCAUGUCUAUGGUGUUUGGUCGGCUUGCCCUUCGGUGUCCGCUGCUGCGCUCCAAUGAAGAUCAAAUGGUGGACCAGAUUGGAUUCCUCUGCAGAACUAAUAAGCUCCUAAGCUAGUUUUUUGUGCUUCGUUUGUAGUUCUGUUAGGCAUGGGAACUCUUCUGUUUCGAUGUUUCUUGUUAUAAGAAACCUUGAUUGUGCAUCACGAUCUUUGGAAGGUGGAAAAAGAAAAUGUGAAAAUGCAUUUCCCUGGCCA